AUGCCUGACUAUGUGCAGGCCGUGCCAAACUGCCUGGCAUGGCUCUUCCGCGAGUCCGGCCCCGAGUGGCGAGAGAUCUGGGACUAUCAGUUCAAGUGGACUGCCGACCACCGCACCGCCGAAGAGAUGCGGCCCAUGAUCUAUACCUACGACAAGUUGGGCGAGGCAGCCCUGAACCGGCUCGACGAGAUCUCACCGCCCGAGAGGACAGGCGAAAAGGGCGAUACGCCACCUCCCGAUGCCGAGAAGAAGGCGCCACGCGACCUCUAUGCUCUCGUCCGCGACAAUGCCGACACAGAUGAGGUCCUCGGCCAGCUCUGGAAAGAAGUAACGACAGUUCCCGAAUGGGUCGACUGGGCCCAGAUUGAACGCGGGCAGCACGUCUUUCUCCGCUACGCCGGGCCCGCCAUAUUCGCCCUCGCCUUUCAAUCCCUCGUUGGCGGUAUGGGUUCCCGCCGCGUCGUCGAGACACUCGCACGCACAGGCGGCUUCGGCGUCAACGUCACCCGGCGUCGUCUCCUCGAGACAUUCCAGCACGUCCUGCAGGUGACUUCCUCGCUGCCAGCCAUACAGCCGCACGGCGACGGCUUCGCCUCGACAAUCCGCGUACGGCUCCUGCAUGCCGCCGUGCGCCGGCGCAUCCUGGCGCUCGCGGCUCAGAAGCCCGAGUACUACUCCCUGCACCCCUCGGCCACGUCGGCGACGCUCGCCAACAACGUCCUCACCGGCAUGGCCGACCAGCCGCCGGGCCACGUGUCGCGGCCCUUCCUCGCGGCCGAAACAUACUGGCUCAACGGGCCGCGGCUCGCCGAGGCGCUGCGCAUCGAGCGGCCCCGCGGCUGGCUGCGCCGCUGCUACUUCUCCGUCCUCGUGCUCGGCCAGUGCCUCUUCUUCGCCGCCAUGAGCUACUCGCACAAGUGGGUGCCGCGCUGGGACGCCGCCCGCCGCGAGAGGCUGCGCAGGACGCUGUACGACCUCACCGUCCGCCGCGGCGAGCUCGGCGCCCUGGGUGCCGAGACGGCCUUUGAGUUCCAGUACGUGCCCGUGCUCGACACGAUGGCCACCGAGGUGGGCACGCUCGACGAGGCCAUGCGCAGGGGCCGCGAGCUCGGCGUCGGGAGCCACGAGCGGCGGAGUCUCUGGACGUUAAGCGUCGCCGGCGUCGUCGUCGGCUGCGGCAGCUGGGCAGGAUGGCUGUGCUUGAGGGGGGGUGUGCGUGCUCUCAUGGGAUUGUUGAGGUGA